GUGAGUGCCUGAAGGAGCGCGGGACAGAGCCUCUCACUUCUGUCCCUGGGGGCCGGCCAGCCAGGGCGGGGCUGGGCGGAGCGUCUAUUCCGUAAGGCUCUCCUCCACCCCCCGCCCCGAGCCGAGCCGCCGGCGCCCUCCGGCUCAACGACUUGUCAACAGUCGCGGGGGUCCGGGAAGGAAGCUUAGGAAGCGGGCGAGGCCAUGCGUGCGUCCCGGAUCCCUUCCCAACUGGACUGCCAGACUUGGCUCCAGGGAGGGGGCGGGAUGUGCUCCGCAGAGGAGCUGCUACGCGGCGCGGGCGGGGACGGGGAGCUGAACGAGGACGGGGACGGAGCCGACUCUGGGCUGGAGGGGCCGGAGCCGGAGCCGGGGCCGGGGCCAACGCCCGGGAAGACGACGGAGCAGGAGGGCGGCAGCCAGAGCCUGCUUGCCUGCCUUCCAGAGCAGCAGCAGCAGCAGCAGCAGGCUUGGCAGCGCGGGCGGCCGCGACAGCCACAGCAGCGUGGUCUUGGAAGAGGCGGCCAGGAGCAGCCGGAGCAGGACAUAGAAGAAUCACAAAAUCAUAGUGUGGAACCUGUUAUAGAUGACUGCAAAAAGAUGGGAACUCUUUUUGGUGAACUAAACAAAAGCCUAAUCAGCAUGGGCUUCACAAGGAUGUAUUUCGGGGAACGGAUUGUGGAACCAGUAAUAGUCAUUUUUUUUUGGUUUAUGCUCUGGUUUCUUGGCCUACAAGCCCUCGGACUAGUUGCUGUUCUUUGCAUUGUCAUUAUUUAUGUACAAGAGUAAAACAUAGCUAACCCAUGGCUUGGUUUGGCAUGGCAUAUGGAAGCCAUGUUAUAUGUUGAUGAAUAUUUAAGAAAAUGAGAGCUACAGAAAUCUGCUUUGUUACAAAUUAUGUCAGCCAUUUUCUAACUAAAUUUAUAAAUGAAUGUUCUUUGAAAAUAGAAAAUAAAGUCAGCUUUUCAUUAUUUAGGGGUUAAUUUUCAAGUAAUCCAAACCCUUUGUUUCUCACUAAUGACUAACACUAUUACCCAAAACUGCAACAAAGGUUAUCACAUUUAAAGCUAUCAGUUUUAUUCCUUCUAAAUCAUUUAGGGAGAAAAAAGCUAAAGAGCUAUUUUACUUGAAGAUCAUUUCCCAGAUAUUCCCAUUUUCAUUUGGCAAUUGUUGGAUUUCAGUUAUCUUUGCCAUUCCUAUUCCCAUGUAUAAAUGAGAGUUGGUUUUAUUGACUUAUCUUUCUCUUAUGAUAGAAAUUAAUCAUUCUAGCUCAUUUUCCAAAUGUCAAAAAGAGAGAAAGAGAUGACAGAGAUAAAAACAGAGACAGAGACAUAUACUAUUAAUAGAGAAACUGCCCAAGUGGAAUGAAACUUCAUUAGGUCCAGAAACCACUUCAGUAUGUCAUUGAAAGUUUUAGGAAUUUUGGUGCUGGUGAAUUCUUUGAUAAUCCACGAGCCACAAGAGUCUGGUAGUAGAUACUCAGGUGGCUACAUACCUAUCCUGUGACAUGCCUAAUACCACAUGCCUAAAGUGGUAUUUUUUUUCUAUCCAACAAGCUUGAUUUUUUUUUAAAUUUUCCAUGGGGCACUUUCAUUGUAUUUUUCACAACUUUUACAGUUUUAUAAUUCUUUUUUUAACUGCUUACUUUAAGAUACAAAUCAAAAUCUGUUUCUUAGAUGAACAGUGGAGUAUUUUUUUCCCUAACUUGUUACAAAAAAAAAGACUAAAGUUGUGUGUGUGUAUAUGUGUAUGUGUGUGUGUGUGUGUGUAAUAGAUGUAUAAUAUUAAAGAAACAGUUAAAUUUGGAGUUUAAUCAUCAAUCUUAUACAUGCAACAAGAUCAAAUCUGUAAAUCCUCUAAUUGGGGAAACAAAAGUAAUGGAAAAUAUAAGAGCACAUAAUGCUAAAUCAGACUAUCUUAGCCAUAGGGUGUUAAAAAAAAUACAAUGUAUUUGUUUAAAUAUUUACUUUUUUAAAUUUAUGACUUUUUUAUUUUUACAAGAGGUCUUUGUACUCUAUUGUGUGCUUACAUUGAGUUUGCAAAUAUUUUUAUACUAACAGGUAUACCCUUCUACAUUACUAGAAGUAUAAACCAUAUAAAAAAAUAUUUUCACUUAUACACAAGUACAGUUUAAAAAACAACAGAGAAUAUGAGAACUUGUAAAAUAUUAAUAGCUACAUUCUUUUGAAAUACUGCUGAGAGUUUGAAUUUUUGAAAUGUAACAGCUUAAAUCUUAAAAAUAGCUCUGGUCCCACCAGUGCCUAAUGGUGAAUCUAUUUUUCAGUCAUUUUUGUUAUAAAUUAUUUAAUAUCCUAUCAGCACUAUACAUUGCCCUGUUAUACUGAUGAGAUAUGUGUGCGUAUCCAAUUAUGAAAAGUAAGCAGGCAUUUUGCUAUCUCCUUUACCACUUACCAUAGCAUACCAUCAAGUAUUCUCAAAGAGGGAGGGGGGGAGGAGUAGCUAGUAGCUUAUUUAAUGUAGAUAAUAAUAUGUUGCCCCUAGAAAGUGUUGGAAUGCAGAUUAUAUGCAUUUCCCUAGAUAAAAAAAAUCCUAUAACCUUGUUUGGUUGUGAAAUAAAUUGGUUAGAUAAAAAUGGUUAUUGAAUCACAUACUCAGAAAUGUAACUAAUACAAAGAACUGGUGUUAUAUGUGAAUAAGAUGUAUAAUAAUCACCAUAUAAUUUACCCAUAUUAUUAGUCCUCAGUUUUUAAAAGGAGGUUUUAGGAAAUAAGAUAUAUAUCUCAUAUCAAAUGUAGUCCAACUGACUGACCUGGAUGAAUAAAUCUGUCUUCUUUUCAAUAAAAUAUCAGGCAUAACUGGG